GGGCCCUCGGCCGUAAGCACUUCGGCAUUUUCCCCAGGUAUUCGAACAGAACGGAUCUAACCCAAGGCUUUACAACUUCCAGGGACAAUAUCUUAAAAAAUCUUAUACUACUUGUGUAUAUCUCCUUCUAGGAGUAACACGCUAGGAGGUAUCUACACGGUAAAUUGUAUUGAUACGUCCGAAAUAUCUUAUCCCCUAAUGUUAUCAGACCGACAACCCCGCCGACGUCGAAGGCCGGCUUUGUCUUGCAUCGAGUGCCGCCGCCGCAAGAUCAAGUGCAAUCGGACUGAACCAUGUAGACAUUGUGUAUCUGCCAAGCUAAAAUGCAUCUACAAAGUCUAUAAUGAUGAACCUGUUAACCAAUUUCCGCUCAGACCCGGAGUUUCUCCUCUAGAGUCGUCAAGUUCUUCAAGUCAUGCACCUUCGCCCUCCACAAGCCAAGCACAGGAGCUUGGUGCCACUAGGCCAACAUCGGAACAUGACGCAAACGCCGCGGGAUUUCAGGUAGUAGAGCCAUGGGCUGGCGCCGUACUUGGAUGUUCCUCUAAGGGAAGCCAGAAUGACGGGCCAAACACCAUCAUCCUCGGUCUUGACCGUAGCAGCAUCCAACCACAUAUACCUACGCCAGAAGCGGAUUCAGGUGCUGCGGAUACGCCUCAGCGGGGCCAGAAUGCCUCUAAUAAGUCUUCGGUACCUAGUUCCAUUACUGGCUUAUCAGAAAAUGGACGUGAUAUACUUGCGCGUCAGCUUGGGUUAAAGGACUCGCAGAUAAUUCUCAAUAAAACGAGAGUCUUGGGCUGGACUUUAAGACUAGGCAUAACCCAAGAGUUUACGCCUAUAGUUUCCUGCUAUGUUGCAGCUGCCAAUGCCGCCAAGGGAACUAUGCCCCAAGAUACUGAGAAAGGGGCCCUGUAUGCCCAGAUAUGGGCUCUGCUCCAGAAAUGUAAAAACAUAGGAAGAAGUAUCAAACUAGGGCGACCUAGUAGGUGGCUCUCCUACCCUAAUUUCGAUCUUGCACCACCACCGCGGGAGGUUGCGGAUGCUAUGGCAACAUUAUACUUUCAAUCAUUUGAGUCCACACACAGGAUAAUUCAUCCACCCACCUUUUGGGAAGAAUAUCAGAGAUUUUGGGACCACCCAGAGACUGUGACGACUAGCCUACGCCUGAAAACCCUUCUUGUAAUUGGCAUAGGAUCAAGUGUCUCUGACCAUACAGAAAGCAAUCCGGGAUUUCGAAAUACAGUUCAUCAGUGGGUAUAUGCUGCCCAGAUGUGGCUCUCUGGCCCCCUCGAAAAAGAUCGUUUAAAUGUCACCGGGAUACAAAUUUUUUGUCUAGUUAUUCUGGCGCGGCAAGUCUUCUCGAUCGGUGGCGAUUUAGUCUGGGUGUCCUCAGGGUCACUCAUGAAUAUGGCAAUGCAAAUAGGCUUGCAUCGCGACCCCAAGCAUCUGCCAAGAAUGUCCAUCUUGCAAGCCGAACUACGCAGAAGAUUGUGGGCCACUAUACUUGAGAUAACUGUGCAGUCGUCUCUAGACUCCGCGAUGCUGCCUAGAAUAUCGUUAGAUGAUUUUGACACGGAAGCGCCCUCAAACGUCAAUGAUGAUGAACUAAAAGAGACGACUAUGGCCUCGCCGCCUCAUGCGAAAAGUAUUUACACGUCAACGUCACUACAACUUAUUCUACUCGACUUACUACCGAUACGUCUUAGGAUCUUACAGCUUCUGAACGGCUUGCAUUCCGAACUUUCUUACGUGGACACUCUAGCUUUGAGUUCAGAGCUCACUGAUAAAUAUCGCUCGUAUAGAACAUUUAUACGAGAUAGCGAAAAGGCUGGCGUGACACCAUUUCAUCGAAACCUACUGGACAACCUAGUACGGCGAUUCUUAAUACCCCUCCAUUGCCCCUUCGCUGGGGAGGCGCGAACGAAUCCCUUAUUUUACUACUCGUUGAAAGUUACGGUAGAUUCAGCGAUGACUCUUAUUUCACCCGAGCCUGACGAAGGGUUCUCCCGUCUUAUGUCAACUGGCGGAGGUAUGUUUAGAGAGGCAUUCAGAUCUGCCAUGAUCGUCAUUACUCGUGAGCUUUUGACCCAAAUAGAGGCCCAACGUAGCGAAGGGAUCGGCCAUCGCAAUUCCCAGGAUGUUGAAACCUUCAAGAAAGCAGUGAAAGAAAUGACUGCUUUAUCAAUAGAACGGAUCCGACAAGGCGAGACCAACGUCAAGGGGCCGAUGUUUCUCAGCAUGAUCAUGGCUCAGGUAGAAGCCAUAGAAGAAGGAAUCCCUUGCGAUCUUAGAGUGGCACAAAGUGCGAAAGAGAGCCUGGAAUUGUGCGUUAGCUUGCUAGAAGAACGAGCAGGCACCGUGUCCUCGCCGUGCCCUAGCAACAUCGGACUAACGCCGAAUAGUCUGGACCCUGGAUACGGCAUGGAUUUAGAUUUUGACUUCGAGUCUUUGAUGACAGAUUCGAUAUUUACUUGAUGGUUUGACUUGCUUAGAUGUAUACCCAGCAUAUCUCUAUUUUUUCAUAUCUAAUAAAAUUCAUUGGUGGUUUGCCCUCUAAACCAUCGUAUAGCAUGGUCCUGGAUUAACUCUUCGCUUCCCAUCUUCCACCUUCGAAUGAACAAGAGGGUCUCGGUUUAGACCCCGCCCCCAGCCUUGGGUAGAAAUGUCAUAGGCAGAUCCAAAUGGAGAACUGCAGGAGAAGCGCUGUCGCUAAUAACUCCUGUGAUGCCCUCCGGGUGGAAAAUAUGAGAAAUACUGAAAGAGAAACAACUACACUACCGUACCUAUAUCGGCACAAUCCAUACUUGCAGUUCUUACUUGCAGUUCUCACCUACGGCAUUUUAGGCGUU